GCCAUUCUUCCCCUGUUGCCCCAACAUCUACCUUCAUCAUGACCAUCCUUAUCAUCACCAGCCACACAUCCAUAUCAUUUAGUCAUUCAACAAACAGUAAUUGAGUAUAAGCUCUGUGGGGUCCUGUGCUAAACUUGGGGACAUCAUCUCAGGAAAUCAUCUCAGGAUCUAAGGUAAAUGGUCAUUAACAGUGGCUACAUUUCUUGUUAAUGUAAUAGGUAUAAAAGAUCACAGUCUUGACUUAUUUUACUGGACUUUGAAUAUGAAGUUUUUCUUAGGGCCACAGCUUCAUUUUCUCUAACCCAGUUUCCCACAGAUACUAAGUUCUUCAAUCACAAACGGAGAUUUUCUGAGUUAACCAUGGUAGUCAGUAUGAGAUUACUUGCUUUUUUGUUUGUUUCAAAGUUUCAGUUUUAAGUAAUCUCUGCACCCAACAUGGGGCUCAGACUCCCAACCCUGAGAUCAAGAGUCAUAUGCUCUGUCUGCCACUGAGCCAGCCAGGAGUCCUGAGACUACUUGCUUUUGAAAAGCUGACAUGGGCGUACGUGUUCUACAACAUUCUUACAUGAAUUUUCUUUGUUAUUCCUCACUGUAGAUCUGUGAAGGUAUUAGUAUCUGGUAUUAGGUAUAAUGUAUCUGUGGUAUUAGUCCUUCCUUUACUGCCCGCCCCCCACUAGCUCAGAGCGUUAAUGUAAUUGUCCUGAGUCUUCACAGCUAACCAUGUAAGUGUUGAGAUCAGGGCUGCAACUCGUUUAUUAACGACUUAGUCAGACACUGGUGAGAAGUGUGGGCCUUUAAGAAGUUGGAGUCCCAAGGAAUGAGACAUACAGUAAACAGAUAAUGAAAAUAAACACAAAGGCUGUGAACCAGCAGCCUGCUGGCCAGAUUUGGCUAACAAAUGUGUUUUGUUUGUACCCAGCACACAGCAAUUUUGAAUUGGUUUCCAGCAUUUCCAUGGCUCCUUAAGGUACAGUUCACAUAUGAUACAGAAUCCACCAAUGUAAGUGUAUAGUGUGUAGAACUUCUAAACAUUUGUGUAACCACUUCCACAAUCAAAAUAUAGAACAGUUUCCUUAACUUAAAAAAGUUUACUUGUGGCCUUGUGUACUCAGUCCUUUCCCCUGCCCCAGAGAUAUCAUUUAGAUAUUAAGAUAUUUCACAUUAAAAAGCUGUAUUAAAAAAUUGCACAUCCUGGCAUCAGUGGACUCUGCGUUCGUGAAGGGAACAGUCAGUCAUUAGCUUGCUGCUUUUUCUUAUCUGCUUGCAACUCCGCAUCGUUGAUGAUGUUGAACAAAAGUGUAUACAAAGUGCCUUAGGGGAAAUAGAGGACUGUGGGUUGAACUCUGCAAAAAUCUGCACGAAGCAGCUGGCCAGAAAGAUGAAUGAGUUCAGAGGGAGAGCAGGUGGGAACAAGAGUAUUUUAAGCCAAGGAGGAUUAGAUGGGAGAUCCUGUGAGGAGGAGGGGCUCUGGGAUAGGAAGGCAGCUGUGGGUGUGGGUGUGCGCACCCGUUAUGUCUUUGUGUGUUUCACUUGUUUUUGUUGGCAGGGUGGGCCCCUAUAAAGUGGAAGAGUUUUGUGUAUGUGUAUUAGUGUUUGUGUGCCAUAGUUUCUGGAAGUUUCAUAUAGUUAAGAAACUUAGAUCUCUAUAUGUAUACAUGUGGGGAUCUUAAUCAUUUUGUUGUUGUUGUUAGACUGGGAUGGGUAAAUUAGUUUCUUCAUUUUGCAGGCGUUGUAGGUCAGCAUAUGGUGUCUGGGUUUUUCGUUUCUAGGAAGAGAAUUUCCUAGUGAGAAUUACUCCCCCUUUCCCUGCCCCCUCCCCUCUUUCCUCCCGGCCAAGCUGCUGGGGCCUGGCUGGGCUGUGGGGCAGGCAGCAGGUGGUGAGGGGAUAGUGCAGUGGAGGCCCUCAGUGCCCGCCCAUAAGUUUGCAGCUCAGCUCGAGGCUGCAGUUUGCUAAGUCUGUGCUACUGAAUUACCAGCGACGCCAUGGACAGGCUGGGCUCCCGGUGCCCUCUGCCAGGCUACCUGCGGCCCUCUGUCCUCAUAUGCCUCCUGAUCCUGGCAACUGCUUUCCUGUCAUACCCCAUGCUCAGGACCCUUAGCCUGCAGCUCCGUUCAGCUGUCGCUGGCAGCUAUGUCUCCGGCACUUACUCCAUCGUCUUUGUCAACUGUCCCAAUGAGCAAAUUGCUAGAGAUAUCGCCAGGGCUAGCCUGGAUAAGAAGCUGGCUGCCUCUGUGAACAUCCUGCCCAAGGCAUCCUCACUGUACUUUUGGAAUGGAGAAAUCGAAGAAGCCACUGAGAUCCUGUUGCUAAUAAAGACAAAGACUUCCAAGGUCCACGCGCUGUCCAGCUAUAUCAGAUUACCAAAGGGAAUUGGAACUGCACUGAGGUCCAGCAAGGGGCUGGCGUGUUGCAUUAAGGAUGGGAAGAUCAAGACUGCUCACCCCGUGUCUGGUACUUCUCUGCCUGCUCCUGGGUCUCAGGUGGAAGAGGGCAGAGAAGGCAGGGCCUGUUGGGUGAGAAGAAAGACUUGAGCUAAGCCUCCUCCAUGAAUCUGUCAACAAGGUAACCUCGCUCUGGGGAGAUGCAGGGGCAGUUUGGAUGGGAGUCCACAGACCUCUGUGGAAUCCUGGGUCUUCCCAGAGGGAAGGGUAUUUAUUGCCAGGCUGUAGUUCUGACUUGUGCUGUACUUCUUAAACCUAAGUUCCUCCAAAUACAAAAUGGAGGCCCUCCCAGGGCCCUUCUGUGAAGCCCUUAUUGGGUCUUAAGGCUGAUGCUAUUCCAAAGAUCCAGAGGAUCCUUUUUUGAUAGCCAGUGGGGAUCUUGGAGCUGCCUCAGGAGGACAGAGAAUGAUAAUGGUGAUGUCCAUUUUUACAACAGAUGUUUCUGAUACACGGGAAAAUCUUAAACCUUAGUGAAAAUGCUUUGGGGGCCAUAGAGGGAUUGCCUCUGUUGCUUUCGGGUUAGAGCCCAGAUUCCUGGUCUGGCCUUCAAGGCCCUUCACAGUCUUGCCUCACCUCACUUUUUCCAUCUUCACCUUCCACUUCUCCGUGCCCAUGCUGGCAAGGAGAUGGCUCCAAUGUGCUGUGUGAAGUUAUUCCUGUGUUCAGGCCUCCCCUCGACCCAGAGUGCCUCCUGCAUGAAUGCCUGGGAAAUCUGGCUGCUCCUUGUGAGGCCGGCUCCCCCGCUUGGAAGGAAGCUCUCCGGCCUCGGUGUCCCCGUUACCCUCGUGUAUCAUAGUCAGCCUCCUGUUUCUAGAUCGUGAGCUGCUCAAGGUCAAGGGCAUGUCUCGAUCUAUUUGAUCUCUUGCACAGGAUUUGGCUAGUAUGUCCCAAAUUGAUGUUUCAAGGAUUUGAAUAAAGCUUUCUCUGUAGCCCACAGUUACUAAUUUAUGGAAUUGGCAAAACCCAGCAUUUUUUCUUUGAACUUCCUUAAAGUGGGACUAAUUCCAAAGGAGAUUUUUCUAUUUCUGGCCUUCACCGGGCCAUUUUCUGUGCUAUGCACAGAAAACUGCUUCUCGGUGAACUUCCUCUGCCUCGGUGUCACAGCUGGCUACAGGAAAUGGGAGAGGAGAGGACAAAUGUCAGCUCUCUGCCUAGUGCUCUCCUAGAUUCUCCUCAUUAUUUUAUCCUUCUAAUUCAGUGUUCUCAGCUGGUAACUGACUUUUGAGAUCAGAGAGCAUGACACUUAAAAUACUUGGCUGAGCUAGGCUGUGAACCCACGUGUCCAAUUCCUGAUCUGACGCUCUUACUGUCUCCUUCAGAGAGGUUGGACAUAUCCCUUUAUAGGCCAAACAACUAGAGAGCCUACUGUAGCCAACUCUAAAUGAAGGGUUAUUGGGUCCAAAAACAUCCAUGCAGUAAGUUGGUCUGGCACUUAAAAAUAUAUGGUAUUAUUUCCUUCUCCCCACAGAUCUGGAGGCUGGUGACAGGAUCUAAUUCUGUAGAUGAGGGAACAGAUCUAGGGGAGUUCAGUGAUUUUUCCCAUCUGCGUGACUCCCAGCUUACUUACCCUAGACCACACUGUCCCCGCAGAGUGCUGCUGUGGGCUGGGCUCGGCCCUAGACUAGCAGCUUCAUACAGGAACGCCUUCCCAGCAUUUCUCAGGAAAAGUCUGUUUUGAAUCCAGACUCUCCAGAAAAAAUCACUUGAGAAAAUGAGGAAAAAAAUAUUAAAAUUAUCUGUGAAUACUAAAGCUUAAAAGCAUAGAGAUGUUAACUGGCUUGAAGAAAUCAUCAGAUUAAAAAUAAAGAGCAGGAAACACCAGCAUGCAGAGUUGAGGGAGAAAGGAACCAGGAUGGGAGAAAUGAGUCAGUCUUGGGUUGUUGCUGUGUCCCAGGUGUGUCUGUCUAGCUGUGUCUGCUGCAAACUGUGAGUUAUUUUUGCAGAUAACUUUAUGCACAUAGUAUACUUUAAACAAAUUCUGUGAGCUUUGUUUGAAGACACUAACUUUGGAAGCAAAAUAAAUUUUAAUUGAGCAAUUUUGA